UUAUUACCUCCAGUAGGUUUGUAUAGUCCAUUGAUUUUAGGAAACCAUUUUAACUGCAGAAAUGAUACGACUCUAGAUAACGCAGAACUAUUCUUAAAACAAGACGAAACAGUGUAAUAAAGAUGGAAGACAUGGGUCAUCUACCAAAUACCAUUGGAUCGGGACUAGGUUCCAAACAUUGUUUGACCAUUUCAACAUUCCUUCUUGUCUUAACUGACCUGAUACAUGUUGUUGGAGGGAGUACCUACAAGUAUUACUCCCAGAGGCGGUACAGCACGGGAUCAUCCACCCCAGAGGGCACGGCCAUUCUGAUUGGCGUGAUAGUCGGGAUAAUGGCAGUGAUCGGCGCCAUUGGGGUGUCAAUCUGGUGCUGCGCCCACAAGGCCAAGAAGAAAGCCCGCCUCCAGCACAGGGCGAUGAUGUCAACGGGCGUCGCUGGCGCCCAAAUACGUCACGGUGGACUAGUUGCCUUCAGCGCCCAGCAACAAAUGGUGUACUCCAACCCUGCCUUUACCGGGGGAGGAGUCCCGUACGGUCAGCCGCCGCCUCUGUACAGCGACCCCUCGUAUCCCAGCAUGCCUCCCGUGGAUGGGGGCGGGGCACAUCCUCCUCCAGGGUAUGACAGCCCAGGGUUCACUACCACAUCGGCGCCACCGCUCUGGAACAAACUGGAAUAAACGUGUGGACACUAAUGACAUGAAAAAGUGGCCAAAUAUAACGAAAAAAAAGACGAAAACUUUUUAGUUGGAUAUGUGGAGAGAGAGAGAGAGAGGGAGAGAGAGAGAGAUUAAACUUUCCUAUCUUUAUACAGCAUAUUUCUACAAAUUUUUGAAUACUCUGAAAUACCUCAGGGUUAAUUGAUGUUUGUUAUCUAGAAUGAAAAAGUUCAAAGACUAUAAGCUACUCUAUCUAGUCACAUUGAAUAAGAUGGCCGAAAAUAUGCACGUACAUUAUUUGCAUUGGAAAUGACCUACAUGUUUUAACUUAGAUUUUUAAAAUGUGGAAAAAUUGUUCAAGGUAUACCAAAACUCCUGUAUUAAAAAGAAAUGUCAAAUUUUUACAAUAAUUUGUAACUUUUUGUUGGUGUUAAUAACAAAGACAUGCGAAUCAAGAUAUCUUUGAUGUUUCCCCCUUCCAGCGAUUUCAAUUUUACUUUUACUUUAUAACAGUGUAUGUCAAUAAAAAUAACGAACGCGGUACAAUUACCGGGAACAGAGGGUGGUUAUCGUGCAUCAGAAUAAUAAAACAUGGGAAACUUUUUUUUUAUCUACUUCAACAAAUAUUCAAAAGAUUAAGAAUUUCACACGCUAUUUUUUUUAUUUGGACAGUAUGUCUAGUAUAUAUUAAAAUAACAUGUUUAUGUAAUUCUGACCUAUUGGUAUAAACAGGACUCUUGUAAUUUUUUUGGUUGAGAUUCUUGACAAAAUGUUUUCUUGGCCUAAUAAAUAUCUGCAUUUGCAUUGAA